GCUGCUCCGGCGGGACCCAGGCUGGACCGCGGGCCCCGGCCUGGGGGCCACAGCUGCCACCGCCGCCGCCACCUCGUCUCCUCCCCGACCCCGCCCCGCCCCGCGUCUCCUCGCCUCACUCGGGCCCGCGGCCGGGGUCCCUCCCCGCCGACCUCCCGCGCAGAUGCCGAAAGUGAAGGCGCUGCAAUGCGCCCUGGCGCUGGAGAUCCGCUCUGUAACUUGUCCAGGAGUGCUACUGAAAGACAAGGAGGACAUCUAUCUUAGCAUCUGUGUGUUUGGCCAAUACAAAAAGACACAAUGUGUCCCAGCCACCUUUCCACUGGUCUUCAAUGCCAGAAUGGUGUUUGAAAAGGUGUUCCCUGAAGCAGUAGACCCUGGAGAUGUGGUUGCACAGCUUGAAUAUGAUACAGCCUUGUUUGAGUUGAUCCAACUAGUUCCACCAGUGGGUGAAACACUGUCUACAUAUGAAGAAAAUACACGAGAUUUCAUGUUCCCGGGUCCAAACCAAAUUUCUGGACACCAUGAUUCAAACCGCCAGGUUACCAUGAGGAGGAUUUCUGGCCUUCGAGGAAUUGCUCCAAAGCUGGAGUUUUCUACAACCUCAGUGAUUACUGAAUGUCUGAUAAGUUCAAGGAAGUGCCGCACUCAGGAUAAAUUUAUUUACCAUCCGGCUCCAGUUGAAAGAUCCCACGGCAGACUGCCAGGCAGAACAUCCAGACCACAAAAGAAAAAGUCCAAGUCUCCUGAGAGAAAUAAGUACUGCGUAAAUGCCAAAAACUACGAACAGCCUACAAUUUCUUCAAAAUCACACUCUCCAUCUCCCUACACAAAAAGACGCAUGUGUGAGCUAUCUGAAGACACCAGGCGGCGGCUAGCCCAUUUAAAUCUGGGACCCUAUGAAUUCAAAAAAGAAACAGAUAAACCCCCCUUUGUGAUUAGACAUGUUGAUCCCCCAAGUCCCAGGGCUGAUGGUUUAUUUGGACCUUCUGGCAGAGACUGUGAAAGAGAUGGAUGGUCCAGGAUGCACAGUGAUCACUCUCAUCUUGGCUGCUACCGACCCAAGGAUUAUAAGGUUAUCAGGACCUCCCAUGGGAGAGACUUCGACGACCCUCUGGAAAGAUGUGAUGAGUAUUUGAGCUCGAGGUCGUGUGGCAAGCCCCAGCAUUCGGCGAGGACCUUACUAGUCCAUUCAGCACCCUCAACAAUGCCCAAACAUUCUCCAAGCCCUGUGCUAAACCGAGCUUCUCUCAGGGAAAGAUUCCAUUCUGAUUGGUGUUCACCUUCAAACUGCGAUGAGAUCCAUGACCGGGUAAAAAAUGUCUUGAAAUCACAUCAGGCUCAUCAAAGACAUUUAUAUGAUGAGAGAGACCCAGAGAAAGAAGACGAACUAGAACUGAAGAGAGGUCUUUUCUACAGAGACUCUGCCUAUGACAGUGACCCAGAGUACAGCUCAUUUCAGCGGCCACGUGGCACUCUCCAUUUGGAUGAUGGUGAAUACUGGUCCAACAGGGCAGCCUCUUAUAAAGGGAAAUCCCACCGACCCAUCUUUGAGAACAGCAUGGACAAGAUAUACAGGAACUUAUACAAAAAGGCCUGUAGUUCUGUUUCUCAUACACAGGAAAGCUUCUGAGACCAUCCACGAUACACAAUACACUGUAUGAGUACCCGUGUCAACUUCUCAAUGAAAACGUUUGAUGUGAUCAAUAGCUGUAUUCCUUUUUUUGUAAAGACCAGGGGGUUCUAACUGAGUACUGUGGUUAGACUUGAAAAAGUUCAUUCCUUCAGAUGGUAAAUUAUCACAGGCAAGCCUUUUUGAUCACAGAAGAGAGUACUGUGUUCCCAAAGUCAGAGCUCUGCAAACAGUUACACCGCCGAGUCCGACAUGAGAAGGGCAUUGUCAUGUCCAUCUCAGGUCCAGGACAGGUUCUCUCCAGAAAUAGUCUUCUGCCUUAGUCACCUUGGAAUUUUCUUUUCAUGUACUUGACUGGCUACCUUGUCUGAGUAAGAUUUAAUUUAUAUUAGCUCCCUUUUCUUGGUAAUGAGCAAAAAGAUAUACUGUACAGAAAUGAAUUUCCCAAGAGUUUAAACCUUGUUUUAACUAGUAUUUUCUACUCUUUUCUCCCUUAGAAAGAGCUAUUUAUAUUUCUUAGCUCAUUAUAAAUAGCUUUCUUUUUAACGUUUGUAUAAUCAUUCACUCUCUCUUCUCUAAAAGAACUACCUAAGUUACCUAAAAUGUGUAACAGUUAGCUAGAGAUAGCAGUAGGCAUGUAUGACCCAAAAUGUGAGUAACUGAUUUUUGCUUAACAUCUGUUGCCAAUCUUCUUCUUUUUGCUUGGGGAAGAUUGUUGCUGAGCUAACAUCUGUGCCAAUCUUUGUCUAUUUUAUGUGGGAUGCCUCCACACCAUGGCUCCUGAGGGGAGUUGGUCUGCACCUGGGAUCCAAACCUGCGAACCCUGGAGCGCUGAAGCAGAGUGCACAAACUUAACCACUGCACCACUGGGCCAGCCCCAAUGAGUAACUACUUUUUAAAGAUAGCAUUCUUUGUGUGAUUAUCUUUUAGGGCCAUGUCUUUUGGUGCAACCAGAAUCAGAAAAUAGCCUUUGUAAAUGAGCAUGUAAAGAAUAAGGGAAUUAUAUUGUAAUAUAACCUCUUUAGAGUUGUCAUAGAUACCAAAUGGCCCAAGAGAGUAGUAUCUUUACUCUAAAGGACACUUGGAACCAUGAAGGGGAGUAAAAUAUUACAGCAGAAUUCUUUGUUGUAGGCGCUGGAGAGUCUGUUGGUUGAUAAAAUUAGCUCCUCUCUCGCCCCCAAACAUACACCUGUGAGGCCAGGGACACAUUGGAGACAUGAAGCAAUCAGUUACCUUGUACUUAUCAGAGAGUGAGCGGAGGGGAAGCAGAGAGGAGGAAGUAGGUGAACUGGGCGUCCACGCUGGAAGAGUUGAUGACAAGCGGUCUUCUCACUGACUCCGUCUUUGGUUAAUUCUACAGUUAGGAUUUAGAAAGAAAAAAAAAAUGGACUUGAUCUUCACUUAAAUUGAAAUAAAGAUGUAAAAUUGGGUGACUUAUUUUUGUAUUAGGAGAAAAUAUAUAAUGCUUGUUAUCUAAUAAUUGAUUUUAGAGUGAUGUAGAAUGGCAACAUGAUGGAUCAGAAAGCCCAUCAGAGACGAAGGCAGGAGGCCCAGGCUGUAGUUCCAUCUCUGCCGUUUUCUAGCAGAGUCACCUUACUUCUCUGGUCCUUAGUCUCCUCGGCUGUGAGCUGAAGGGAAUGGAGUAGAUGAGCAUUUCCUGAACUGUGUUCUGUGGACCUCUGACCUAGGAGAUGGUUGAAGGAAGGUAGACGCAAGUGUUUCAUUGGUCGUAUAAGUUUGGGAAAAUCUGUGGACUGUAUUCACCCCCCUGUCCCCCACAAUUUAGAGAGUCAUAGGUAGGAUGACAGGGAUAAAGGGAGGGCUAUUAAUGCAGAAACGACAGUGAGAAACUGUGACCGUCCCAGAAACGAGAACCUGUGGUCAUCAUGGUCAUGGUAACGUUAGUGUGUUAGAGGCUCGAAGAAAGCCGGGCAUGAGCCUGUUUUGCCUAGCACCUGGUAGAGAGCCUGGCACAUAGUUGGUACUUAUUAAAUAUUGAGUUAAUCUAGAAUUUCCUAAACUAAAUUGAGCACGUAACCAUUUCUGUUGUUAUGGCCAUUCUUUCCCUUCCAUUCUGCCCUCCUCAGCUCUGCACACUCCUUUUCAGAUGCCAUCCUCAGGUGCAUGUGGACCCCAGCUGGGGACAUGCUGGACCACACAAUCACUGAGGUACCGUCUGGCUGUAGGUUAUAUGAUGUUUUGUACAAUAAGUUUUUGAAAGUCAACAUUGAAUAAUGCUUUUUUUUUAAAAAAACCUUAUAUCCUCAGUGAAACUUAGCCAGCUCUGUUGGUCUAGUGGUUGAUUUGGUGCUCUCACCACCACGGCUUGGGUUCGUUUCCCGGUCAGGGAACCACACUAACCAUCAGUUGUUUGUCAUCCUGUGGUGGCUGCGUGUUGCUGUGAUUUUGAAAGCUAUGCCUCCAGUAUUUCAAAUACCAGCAGGGUCACCCACAGUGGACAGGUUUU